AUGGGCGCUGGCAACAGCGCACCUAAGCCGCUUGCCACCAGCUUCGGGGAAGAAGCCGCUGGUCGCCGCGGGCCCUCCUUGGGCAGCAUCCUCCUGCAGGGCCCCGAGGCCAACCGGUACAGGGUCGUCUUGGUGACGCCGCUCAGGAUCCAGGUCUUCGACGGCCACGAUGGAAAAUCGGCGGAGCUGGAGGAGUCCGUGGUCGCGGCAGUCAGGAGCCACUCGCCCCUGACCAGCUUCAGUGCCAGGGAAGGCUCCGAACCGACCCGACAAGAUAUGGCCGUGGGCUGCCAGGACGGCGCCGUCCUCGUCUUCGGCCUCGAGAAUGGCACCGUGCGGGGUCCCAUCCGCAGCUUCGAAGUCCAGGAGGACGGCCCGUCGAGGGAGGCCGCAGCCGCAGACCUGACACGAAGCGUGACGGCGCUGCAUCUCUACCAGGGCCGCCUCUUUGCAGGCAGCUCCGGCCGCUGUACAUACUGGACCUUGGGGGACGGCGAGCUGCAACGUGAGUUCCAUCUUCCAGGAACUGACGAGCAGCCAGCGACGGCCAGCUCGUUGGUGGUGGUCCCACAGGAGUCAGCACUUCGGCUCUGGGUGGGGCUCGACAACGGCCAGCUGGUCGUCUUUGAGGUUGAGACCGGGAUGUUGGUGCGCAGCUUCUCUUGCUGCGGGCCCGAGAUGGUCUCAGCAUUGGCCUUCUGCGAGAAGACCUCUGCUGUGUUCGCCCUCUCGGCGCAUAAGCGUGUGAGCAUCUGGGACUCCAAGACUUUUGCCUGCCUGCAGAAGUAUCCAGCAGAGCUUAUGACGUGCGGGUCCGAUUUGAGUGCCAUGGGAGCCUUCGAUGUACCCAAGCUCUCCCUCUCGCUCCUGGUCCUGGCUGGGGUCGACGGCUCGCUGUGCCUGCGACGAAUCACGCGACGGACGGACAGUAAGCUCAACUGCAUCCUCCUCUGGUAUCGUGGCGAUGCCGGCGGAGAGCUGGGCUGCCCCGUCACGGCGCUCAACUUCCACGAGGACACCGAGAUGGUCCUGCUCGGCGACGCAGGCUGCCGCGUCCAGCUCCAGAACAUCCGCGAGCAUGUUGCCUCGGCUGCCGAGCUUAUGCAGCCUGGCCUGGCGAAGCGCGUCGCCGGGCCGGAGGAGAACCUGAGCGGAGCAGGCAGCACAGUGCAGGGCAUCACCGAGCCGUCUCCGUCGCACAGCGAUGGCCCUCCCUUGCCGCCUCCUGCGGAUUCCCCACCGGAGGUGAGUCCGGCCUCUGCUGGCUCUGCGCCGGAGCGGACGGAGGCCAAGACGGAGGAGCCUCAGACGCGGGACGGCUACCCAGGAGAAGCCACAAGCUCUGCCGCUUUUCCGGUUUUCAAUGGCGACUCCUGA